GCGGAAGUGGCGUCACGCGCGGGCGGAAGUGCGGCGGCGAGGCAGAAGUUGGCCACCGGCGUUGAGGGGCCGGGGUGCGCGGUCAUGUCGGCCUCCCUGCUGCGGCGCGGCCUGGAGCUGCUGGAGGCGCCGGGCCGGGGAGAGACCCCGCCGGGGCUCCAGCGGGAGCGGGACGGCCCCGGGGCGGCGGGCGCUGCGAGGCGGAGGAAGGCGGUGCCGCAGGCAGGGAGGAAUAAGGCCACGGUCAAGGGCAGAGUUGUGAAGUCGGCGAUAGAGGAGUAUCACAAGAAGAAGCCCGUGAAUCACUUGACAGCAAACCUGAAGUACAUGUUGAAGGGACGAUUUGUUGCGAACAAAGCCAUCACAGAACAAGUUCUUGCUCAGAACAGAGGCAGGAAGUCCAAAGAUCAGCCUCCAAAGAAGGAAGCAAAGAAGAAACCCGAGGGCACUGUCUUUACUGAGGAAGAUUUCCGUAAAUUUGAGAGAGAAUACUUUGGGAGACCGUAAACAACGUGACAGGGAUUCUUGCAGCUCCAGUAUUUCUGCAGCUGAGUGCUCAGCACGCAGGACUGACCACUUCCUCGACAUGUUUGAGAUGGGACACAGGAGGUGUGCCUCCGUCAGCAAGUGCUUUAAUGUCACACUUGCAUCUGUGCAGAACUUGUUACUGGCCAAAUAGAGCCAUGAAGGUUCUCUUGGCUCUGAGAUGUGUUGUCCUUGUAAUUAUCUCCCUCCAGCCAGCAUGUCUUGCAUUCUUAAUGUAGAAGGGUGGACGAAGCCAAAUAUAAAUCUUGUUCCCUUUCAUCAGGAUGUAAAGCUUCUGCUACCUGUGUUAUUUGGCAGGGAGCAUUUAAAAUACUGUAUCUGAAUGGAGAAAUGUUUUGGAUGAGCAGUAAUGAAUCAUAGGAAGGGGAGGAUGCUUUGAAAGACUGUUAAGCCUGAGUAGCCCUGCAGGUUUUGUUCUUUUUACAGCCUCUGUCAGGUUUCUCAGUCACUGUAAAAACUUUUUAUAUGUCGUUUGAUUAAAUAAUUGUUGCAGACGCUGCCACUCUU